ACCGGGUGCCGUCCGCCAUCUUCUUUUUCCUUCCCGUUGUCCUGGCCUUUUCUGUUUUUCUUCCCCAUCGCCUCUCUCCUUCCCCACCCUUUAAACACUGGCAUGAAGUGGUAUAUUCUUUGUUGCCCUUAAUCCCGAGCACAUCAACUGCUACUCCACGUCACUGCUCCCAGGGUUCCCUCACCCCCACACAACACUGCCUGGGGGCUUGCUUGCAUAAGCUCCAUAUAACACUGCCACCUAUCGCACCAGGGAUAAGGGCGGCAACACCUCCUUCGAUCGCGACUGUCCAGCCCUAGUUUCUCCUCACAACUGAAACCUCGCCGUCGUCGAAAACUGUCCUGAUAGAAUAGUGGAAUCGAUAAACGUGCGAGAUAGGUUUUGCGCGUUGCCAUCUCGCACACGGCUAGCUGGUCACAUCGCGACUGUUCUGGCACGACCAACCGAAGGUACUGCCCAAGGCGAGGGCAUCGGGAGAGAGCGGGAGUAAAGAUCUGUACCACGACGGAAACGCACAGACGUACAGGAAUGGACCGCACAAACACGUCGGUCGCGCGCAUCGCCGAGGCGGACGGGCUCGCACGGGCGCUCUACCGGCGCGCGCGCCUGGCCGGGCCCGACUUCUCCGACAUCGCGACGGUGGUCAGGGGCCUGCACACGGUGCUCAAGCACCUGCGCGUCGAGUCCGAGGACCCGGACAGCCUGCUCAACGCGACCCAGCAGGAGCACAGCGUCUAUGCACGCCAGCUGGGCCCCAUCGUCGAGGACUGCGAGUUCACGCUCAAGCAGCUCGACACCAUCCUCGAAAAGUACGGCGGCAGCAGCGCCGACACGCCCUCGGCCGACGGCCCGCCGCGCGACGGCUACAUCGCCGGCACCGCCGAGAGCCGCGAGAAGGACAUGAUCGCGCUCAUCCGCACCAAGCUGGCCAACCAAAAGACGAACAUCGACAUCUUCCUCGACACGGUCCAGCUGCACAACCCGGCCACGGCAAGGACCUUUGUCGACAACCCCCAGAGCCAGCAGCUGGACUCUAUCAAAGACAAGGUCGACGCCAUCGCGGCCCGCCUGGCCCGCCGCAGAGUCGCCACCGGCGGCCAGAAUGGCCCCAGCGAGAUGCAAGACGAGGAGCUGUGGCAACAGUUCUGCGAGGAGCUCGCCCGCGAGGGCUUCUCGAGCGAUGUGCUGAUGCGCAACAAGGAAGUGCUUCGAGCUUACAUCCGUGAGAUGGACUCGAACGGUCUGUUGGACAAUGACAGUCCACCCUCUGUGCGUGGGCUUCUUCUCGACCAGCAGCAGCAGCAGCAGCCUGCUGUGAAUGCCCAGCAGCCGUCCCCACUCUCGCGGGGACCACCCAUGACGGUGACCCCGGCGUCGUACCCGCGCGCCCCUGAAGGCGAUCUCAGUCCUAAGGAGGUCGUCUACCCUGCCAACAUGAACGAGAAGUUCUUGCCUACCGUCAAGCUCGACCGCAGGCCUCCCGAUUAUAGCAGCGCGCCGCCACCCUUGUCCCACCCCAACCGGGGAUCCCCUCGGAGCCCACGAAGCCCAGAGAGCCCACCAGGCCCGCCUUCUCCGUCCCGGGGCGGUACCAACCCCUCCCAGGCUCAGGGGCAGCAGCACCAUCGCCAGCACCAGUCUCUGCAAACAUAUAACCCCUACGUCCCCCACCCGCAACCACAGUCACAGCCGAGCCCGCAUGCUCCAGCACAGCAUUCCCCGCCGCAGCCCCAAGCCACCUCCCCUCAGCUGCUCUAUCAGCCUGUCCUCUAUGAACAGCAGAGCAGCGGCUUGUCUGCACUUGAGCGGCAGUCUUCGGUGUCCGACUCCACAGACUCGGGCUCGGAAUCAAGCUCCUCCCACAAUAAGCUAGUCAUUAUAUCCACUCGAGACCUGAUGCAGCUCGACCACAGAGAGGCGGAACGCCUCGCGUCGCAGAUGGCGGCAAUGCGGCUCAACACCAACCUUCCUCCUCCCCAGUACGUGUCGCCCGGCACUUCACCUAAAAGCGCCACGCCACGCUACCUGCCGGCCCCUCCCACCAUUGCGGACCAGCUUGGCGUGUCUCCCCGCUUCGCACCCGCCCUGCCGCCGGCUUAUACCAGCCCGGCCAUGACCAACGCCAUCGCCACUCAGGCCCCACCUCCGGCUUAUGGCGCCUCACCACCCAUACCGGCCACAUACCAACAGCUCCCACAUCUGGCGUCGCGCCUUCAGCCCGAUAGCGCCGGCCGUGAGAUCCCGCCCGACGCCACCUGGACCAAGAUCCGCCGAACCCUUGUCAGCCCCGAGGUCCUGGAUCGCGCCGGAGUCCGCUACGAGGCCCGCCCGGAGUUUGUCGCCGUCCUGGGCGAGCUGACCAAGGCCGAGAUUGCUCAGUACGCCCACGAGACCCUCGAGGUGCGUCGCCAGAGGAGUUCUAGUUACAGCAACAAGCGCUUCCAGCCGCCUCCCCACUACGCCCGCGGCAACAACCGCGCGGAUAAUCUCCGAGAUGAGAAGCCCCGGUCUGGCUCGACGAGCGAUGAUGAGAGUGUGCUCUGGGACUCGAGCGACUCCUCCUCGGAUGACGAGAAGAACCGCCGCAACCGCUCCCGCCGCGCCGACAGCAAGAGCGGCAACACUCCCAAGGCCGAGAAGGAGAAGAGCUCCCAAGACGGCUCUGCUGACGACGAAGAGAAGGGCACCAAGGUGUACCCCUUCAUCCUCCCCCUAUCCCAGUCCGACGGCAAGAACGGUGACGCCAAGGCGUCUCCCUCCAGUACGGUCUCUCCCAAGCCAAUCCUGAAGAACAAGAACGAGAACCACGUCCGGUUUGACCGCGAAGGUCCCGUCGAGGUCUCGGCCGAGGAUCUGGCGGCCGAGCAGAGGCGCCGCGAGCGUAGGGAGAAGGAGCGCCCCGAGCGGGAGAGGGAAAGGGAGCGUGAGCGUGAGCAGCGCGAUAGAGAUCGCCGCCGGCGCGACCGCGACCGCGACCCGGACCGGUACCGCGAGCGUGAGCGCAGCCGAGAGCGUGAGCGUGAGCGUGAGCGUGAGCGUGAGCGUGAGCGUGACCGCGACCGCGAUCACCACCGCCGCCACCGCUACUCUAAUUCGGGCGAGUCGUACCGCCACGGCCGCGGAGAGUCCGGCGGCGGCGCUUCGAGCCGCGACCGCGAGGAGGCCCGCCGCGAGAAGAAGAAGGCGUGGGGCCAGACCCUGGGCGCGGCCGGCAUCGGUGGCGCCGCCGCCAGCCUGCUGAGCGUCCUCACCGAGGCCGCCUCGGGACUCUAAACAGAUGUGUCGCCCUCCGGGCCCUACUUCGGGCCACUCAUUUCUUCCUUGUCAUUUCUACUCCUUCUCUUCCAUCUUGGACAUUUUCGACCCUUCGAGCGAUUUUCCUCCUUUUUGAGCGACAUCUUUUUCCUCCUAUUUUCCUCUUUCUUCCCAUAUGAUUAAUGAUUCCUUCGACUUUUCAAGUUUGAUGCCCCUCGUUAUACAUGGCUCUGGCCAACUUUCACUCUUUCCACCAUCUCACCCACGACGCUCCCUACAGAAGUUCAUGUCUCUCCUUGUCAUUAACUCAACGAAUCCAACUUGACUACACUUUUUACAGCUUGAUGUGUCUUCUUUUUCUAUUCUUCUAUCUCUAUCUUUUCUUUUUCUAUUCUCUGGAGCGCUGUUUCUGCAAUAUCGGUGUUUGGGGCAAAGAGUUGUAUGUGUUUGGAUACGACGCGGUGUUUGGUUGACAGAAGACAAACAGUCUGUCUUGGAAAGGGAAAAAAACAGCAGGUUAUUUUGAAUGAUACCCAUUAAACCAAUACAUGUAUACCUAAACCUCCUG